AUGUCGUCGGGACAAAGCUUCUUCAAGAUGCUCCCGGCAUGGAGCGCCCACCGCGAGAGGCAGAUCGCAUUCCCCAGGCCGAGGCCACAGCUAAGAUCUGGACGGCCAUUUGUCCUUGAUGCUCUCAGCGUUCCGCCCUCGGUCAAGGACCCUAAACCUGGCCAGGAGCCCCAGCGCCUCGAGGUCGACAUCUGCCAACUUGGCAGUACCGACUGGGAGUCGCGGCACGAGGGCCCGCUGGCCGUCAUCCUCACACGCGCCAGAUCCAAGGACGCGCCCGACCGCCACACACCGGCCGUGCCCUUUCUCCAAGUCUUCUGCAUGGACGGGACGGAGGAGCCGCCCACGCUGGACGAGGCGCGCGCCCUAGCGGACUGUUGGGUGCCGCGCCAGAGUCGGUGGGAGAUCCGGGAGGCAGGCGGCGCGUUUAUCCUGGCCAAGGGCCACCGCAUGUCGAUCUUCCAGUGGAGACCGGAGUGUUCCGACUGCGACCCGGAAGAGUUGACCCUGUUUCCCUGGUACGGCGGGGACAUAGACCAUGGGUACCGCUGCCUCUGGCAUGACCACGAGGAGGUCGAGCAGCUCAUGAAGACCCUGCGUCGCCGGAUCCAGGAUUGCCCCAUCGCGUACGAGCACCGGCCGAGUAAGGAUUGCUGCGUCGCAAUAGAGUCUGAUUCUGAAUGA